AUGAGUAGAAAUUCAAGCGGAAUAUUAAGUAAAAUGUGGUCCAGACUUUGGCCUAAAGGAGGAAACGAAAUAAAUGCCGCUAGCGGCUCAGCCUCAGAAAUAUAUUCUACUUGGACCAAAGAACAGCUAAUAAACAAAAUACAGGAAUUAGAAUCCACUCAAUGUUCCUCUGAAAAACAAAAAAUUAAGCCUUUGCUUAAACGUAAAGAUGUAGAUGACACAAAUAACAAUGAUACUAACACUUUACAAAAAAAAAAAAAAAUUAAAACGUUCAACUUUUAUAAGUAUAAUACCAGAUUUAUCGCCCUCAGAUUCGCAUAUCUAGGUUGGAAUUAUAAUGGAUUAGCAGUCCAGAAAGAUCCAACACCACUUCCGACCGUAGAAGGUGUUAUCUUGGAAUCAUUGUUCAAAUGCAAAUUAGUUCCUAGUUUAGAUAUUCAGGAAUAUAGUUUUAGUCGAUGUGGCAGAACAGAUAAAGGUGUUAGCGCAAUGAACCAGGUUAUUUCCUUGAAAAUUAGAUCCAAUUUGACUCCAGAGCAACAAUUAGAUCCCAAUUAUGAUGAUAAAGAAAUUGAUUAUGUUCUUGUUUUAAACCAGAAUUUACCACCUGAUAUUAGAGUCAGUGCAGUUUGUCUAAGGCCACCGAACGGAUUCAAUGCUAGACACAGUUGUAUACAUCGCCACUAUAAAUAUUUAUUUAAACAGGGAGAUGGCGACAUUGAUAGUUAUUUGGAUUUAGAGCGAAUGGAAAAAGCUUGUAAGUACUUGGAGGGUGAACAUGAUUUUAGAAACUUUUGCAAAAUUGACGGUUCUAAACAAAUUACAAAUUUCAAAAGAUAUAUCAGACAGUGCAAGAUUAUCAAAGUUGGCGAUAGUAGUGACGAUAUGUACUGUUUAGAUCUCAUUGGAAGCGCGUUUUUAUGGCAUCAAGUUCGUUGCAUGAUGGGGACCCUAUUUUUGAUAGGCCAGCGUUUGGAAGAACCGGAAUUAAUUUUGGAUAUGUUUGAUAUCAAUAAGACCCCGCAAAAGCCAUUAUACGAUAUGGCAAGCGAUCUGCCAUUGAUUUUAUAUGAUUGUAAAUUCCCUGAGAUGGAGUGGAUCGUUAAAAAUUUCAAGCCUUACAAAAGAGUUAAUAAUGUUAGGGCUACUGUUUUAAAUUAUGAAUUGAAAAGUACUAUUACUAAGCUAUUUCAACAAGUUUUACCAUCAACUGACGCCUUUAAUAGAAAGGAGCGUGUUUGUAUAAAUCUUGGGGAUGGUGUAGGCAAAGUUGUCAGAAAGUAUGAAAAGGUGAAAGAUAGAAAAGUAAUGCAAAGCGUCGAAGCUAUUAACGCUAAAUAUAGAGCAAACAGGAGAAUGAAGUAG